AUGGCAAUUCUUAUUCGUUCACCAAUUCCCUCUUUCCUCUUCCUCUCUCCCAAACCAAUCUCACGUUUUCCUCCAAUUUUCCCUCCAAUUUCAACCUCCACCCAAAUUAGAGCUUCUUCCGACUCCAACAAUGGCGUCCAAGAACCCCCAAAACGCCGCGGUCGACCCAAGGGCAGCAAAAAAUCCAGCACUCUCUCUCCUCAGAAAACACACAAAAAAUCAAAUGAGUCCUCUCAAAAUACCGAAAUUGGAAAUGGGUCGACCUUAAUUUCGGUUGAGGUUGAGAAUUUCGAUGAUGGGAUGGAUUUCCCUUACUUAGACCCGCCAUUGAUAUGCUGCUUUGGAGCAGUUCAAAAGGAAUUUCUACCAAGUGUGAGAGUUUCAGAGCAUCAAAUGGACCCUGAUAUCUACUCAGGGUGGAAAAUGAUGCAGUGGAAUCCGCCUGAAUUCGGGCGGGCGCCCGGUGGACCGGUGUCAAAUGUGGCGAUUUCGCACGUUCGAUUGGGCGGCAGGGCAGCGGUUAUUGGCAAGGUUGGGGAUGAUGAUUUUGGGGAAGAGUUGGUUUACAUGAUGAAUAAAGAAAAUGUGCAAACAAGGGCUGUAAAAUUUGAUUCAAAUGUGAAAACUGCUUGUUCUUUUAUGAAAAUUAAGUUUAGUGAUGAUGGGAAAAUGAUGGUGGAGACAGCGAAAGAAGCUGCUGAGGAUUCCUUGGUCGCCUCAGAGUUGAAUUUAGCUGUUCUGAAAGAGGCUAGGAUCUUUCAUUUCAAUUCAGAAGUCUUGACAUCACCUCCAAUGCAUUCCACCCUCUUCACUGCUAUUAACAUAUCCAAAAAGUUUGGAGGCCUUGUGUUUUUUGAUCUGAAUCUUCCAUUGCCCUUGUGGAAGUCACGUGACGAGACAAGAGAAAUCAUCAAGCAAGCUUGGGAGGAAGCAAAUAUCAUUGAGGUUAGCAGGCAAGAGCUGGAGUUUCUUUUAGAUGAAGAUCAUUAUGAGAGGAGGAAAAAUUACCGACCUCAGUACUAUGCUGAAAAUUACGAACAGAGUAAAGACAGGAGGGAUUACUACCACUACACACGUGAAGAAAUAUCUCCAUUGUGGCAUGAUGGACUUAAGCUUCUUUUUGUAACGGAUGGUACACUUCGAAUUCAUUACUAUGCCCCAUCUUUUGAUGGUGUUGUGGUUGGAACAGAAGAUGUGUUGAUAACCCCAUUUACUUGCGAUAGAACUGGAUCUGGUGACGCAAUUGUGGCUGGGAUUAUGAGGAAACUGACUAGUCACCCUGAGAUGUAUGAAGAUCAGGAUGUUUUGGAGAGGCAGCUUCGCUUUGCUAUUGCUGCUGGCAUUAUAUCACAAUGGACAAUUGGGGCAGUGAGGGGUUUUCCAACUGAAAGUGCCACUCAAAAUCUUAAGGAGCAAGUUUAUGUUCCUUCGAUGUGGUAGAGAUAAAACUGUCUUUCAAAAGCUGGUUCCAUGAAGUUGGCUGCUACCCUCACUGGUUUACUCUGAAGGCAAAUUUGUCUUCCAAAGGAGAAACAGAACAGAGGAUCCUUCACGCACAAGACUGUAAUCUAAACCCGUGAACUGGGAGAAUUGAUUAUAGCUUAUAAUGUAAAAGCAUGCUUAGACACAGAAAUGUAGAUAUAGAUUAGUGCUAGAGUCAAUUCCCACGAUUGGGAAAUCUAUGAUUGUUGACAGUUCUUCCCAAUCUCAUUUUUCUUGUUGAUUAUCAUUAUAUCUAGUUCAAUUUAUUGUGGUGAUUUACUGUAAGAAGCUGAGGAAUCCCAAUUUUUGGUUAAAGAAGUACUCAUCUAUUCCA